AUGGUCGUUGCUUGGGGAGAAAGCUCAGAUGCUGAUGAUUAUGAUGAUGAUAAACAAGCACUAAUGGCUAUUGGAGAAUCUAAUGAAGAAACUGAGGUUCAUGCACUUGAUACAACUAUCCUAGAACUUAGAUAUGGAAAUCUAAAAUUGAAAUUAGGAAUAGGUAAAACAAUAGCUGGUGACACACAACUCACUUUAGAAGAGAAUGUAGGUAAAAUGAAAGAUGAGUUGUAUAAAAGGGAUGAACAUGUAAGAGUCUUAAAGGAGGACAUGUACAAGGUCAAGCAUGAGCUAGACAGAACUUGUAAAUGGAAUAGGUCUUCUGAUGCACUUUCAUGUCUACAAGAACAUCAUAGUAGUAACAGAAGAGGAUUUGCUUUGGGAACUCUACACCUAAGUGGGAUCCCAAAAGCAAGUACCUCACAAUUUCUAAGAAUAAGAUCUGCACACACUGUGGUGAAGGGAAGCAACCAAAUAUGGUACAUGGAUAGUGGCUGCUCGAAGCAUAUGGCAGGAAGCAAGAAUCAGUUCAUUUCACUUGGGGACCUUAAAGGAGGUAAUGUCUCCUUUGGAAAUGGAAAGAAAGGUGGGAUCAUUGGGGUUGAAAAGUAUAUUUGGUCGAGGUCCCGGAGGAUGGGUGCGAAUCGGAUUGAAAACAGAUCGAGUUUGGAUUGGGGAGAAGUGCUGAGGCAGCUGGGAUCUAGUGCAAUCGCACUUGCGUGGGAAAGGGCCGCAGGUGAGAGCCCGCAGAAGCAACCCAGUGGCCGCAGAAGCGACUUUUGGACUACAUUGGGAUGGCCACAAAUGUGA